CAAAUAUUUAAUACUCUGUUCCUUGCUCUCUCGUCAUUAGCAAGCUGCUUUCACUCCAGUAGCAGGGGUCCAUGAGAGGAUGCUAUUUUAGAGGGAUGAUUAUUUAAAUUUCCAAAAUCCAAUCAAUGCUGGUCCAGACCCAUUUGGAGAAUCCAACAAGGUAUCACAUUCAGCAAACUCAGAGGCAUCAAGUGAAGCAGUACCUAACCCUGGAUACGAAGUUAUCUAGCCAAACUCUCUCUCUCUCUCAUUCCCAUUCAAUACAUUCUUCAGGAGUAACACCCACAUUAAGGAGCGGGCAUAUGCCUCCUACCAGUGAUAUCAGCACUUCUGGAAGUCCAGUGACAAAGUUACUAACUCUUGGAGGAGAACAUGAAAAUGCGAUGGAAGAUGUUAUUGAUGACAUAAUCAACAUGGAAUCAAGUUUUAAUGAUGAAGGGAUAAGUUGCUCUGAAGCACCACUGCUUAUGCAAAGAACUCUUUCAAGUAGCAUUCUGGACAUAUACAACAGUGACCAAGGAAUGCCAGCUGCUAAUAUGGGCCUUACCAAUACUUCCUGCUCAUCUAAUUUGCCAGUUAAAAGAGAACUCACAGAAACAGAUACACGAGCAAUGGCAAAGGAGAGGCAAAAAAAGGAUAACCAUAAUCUCAUUGAAAGAAGAAGGAGGUACAACAUUAAUUACCGGAUUAAGGAGCUUGGCACACUUAUCCCAAAGUCUAAUGAUCCUGAUAUGCGCUGGAACAAAGGAACUAUUUUAAAAGCAUCAGUGGAGUAUAUCAAGUGGUUACAAAAAGAACAACAAAGAGCCAGAGAAUUAGAACACAGACAGAAGAAAUUAGAACAGGCUAACAGGCGACUUUUGCUUCGAAUUCAGGAGUUAGAAAUACAAGCCCGAGCCCAUGGCUUGCCAAUCAUGUCUUCUAUCAGCACCGUAGAUUUAACAUCCCAUGUCAUGAAACAACAGGAAUAUCCAGAAGAGAAUUCAGUAGACUACUCUCAACAUCUUCCUAUGGUUCAUGAGCAGCACUCUGACCUUGGUGACACUUCUGCAGCCUUUUCUGAUCCACUCUCACACUUCACAGAUCUGUCUUUUAGUGCUGCUUUAAAAGAACAAAGGUUGGACAAAAUAUUACUGGAUGACACAAUAUCACCUUUUGGGACGGAUCCACUCUUAUCUUCUGUAUCUCCUGCUGUGUCCAAGGGAAGCAGCCGAAGGAGCAGCUUUAGUUCAGAUGAUGGAGAUGAUGUAUAACAUGGAAAAGACUUCACAAUUAUAUUGUUGUUUGUUUUAGCUUCAUCGGUGCUGGAAUCAUGUUGCUGCUAAGUUCAACUAAAGAAAUAGGAAGUAAGUUUCAAUAGAACCUGUUCUGUAACGUGCUUUAGAGUGGUGCAUAGAUCACAGAAAAAGGAACAUUGGAACAGAAAGUAGGUUCAGAAGUAAUCACACCCAAGCUUCUCAUUUUGCAGUGGUUCUUAUUUAUUUAUUAAAGGGUGCUAAAUUCACUUUUCCUUGCAGAUUUAUACCAUCAUUGUAUUGUCCAAACUCAAAGUGGACUGUUGUUAGAGGAAUCCUUAGUCAGGGGAACUGGACCAUGUAUCAAUCUAGGACUGGAUGCCAUGUUUUCCAUUUCAGGGCACCUGAGCUACUGAAAUGGAGAUGCUGAAGCCUGAAUUACAGCAAGCAGAAUAAACUUUGACUAGGUAAAGGCUGACAUGCCAUUUUCUUCCUAUAUAUGUCAGGAUUGGCCAAUUAGAAGACUUCAGUCUAACAUCAGUGCCAGGGGCUGAUGUUACACACCCAUUUCACAGCAGUUCACUUAAGUUAGGCUUCAGACCUGGUGCUUGGAAACAUUACUUUUAGGGACUAUCACUCCCAGACUCCUUCCACCAAAAUGACACACUGGCUGGGAAUAAUUAGAGAUGUAAUCUAAAACAGUAACUUUCCCAAGUUAUGCCCAAGGCACAUAGCUCUAGUUCUGGAGCACUCAACACUGGUCAUCCAAAUAUAUAUGGUGGGUGUAUAAAAUAUGGUUAGCAUCCACCUUUUCCAGAUGAACUGCAAAAGAUUUCCCACUUAGCAGAUUGUGAAAUGGGGUUUUUCACAUAGGACUAUGAAAUGGUGUGUAAGCGUAGGGGGACUUUUCAACUGUCUUCAGGAGACAGCAGAAAAUAAUCAUUAUCUCUUGCCAGGAGCUGUUCCUGCCAGCUUACUACUUCAUAUUUUUUCCUGAAAUAACACCAUUUCAUUAUGUGGUGCUGUUUUGAAGUAGACUGGUUUUUUUUAAAGUAAACAUUUUAAAACUACCAUUGUUGAUUAUAUAUAAAGAUAAAGCAUUAUUCCAGGGGCAUUAAGGGAAUAAACCAGUCGCCAACAGCCUGGAGGGGGCACUGCCAGGAAACCUGUACUUGUACCAAUCCCCUAAACGAAUAAAAAGAAAGGAAGAGGGAUCUCCCAAAUCUCAGCCCCAUUUUAACAGAAGUUCACUAAUGGCUCACUCUAAUACUCAAGGAUCUUAAGAGACUCCUUGAUAUAUGUAGCUUGUUCUUCAGUGCUUGGAAAUAGACAAAUUAUCCCUCUGAAAAAGUUGCAUUCCAGGUUCAUGGCUGCAAAGAGUGGCGUUGGCUCUUACAGAGAGGCAGCAGGGAUUUUAUGGAAUUUCUUAUGAAAAUGCAGUGCUAAACACACUCUUUUGCAGUUCAUGGGAAAUAUUUUCCUUCAUAAUUUCAAAUAUGUGUAUAGUUAGGUACAAAACAAAGGAAGAGGCAUAAGUUACAAAGAUAGAAGAGACCAUAAGAAAGUGUGCAAUAAGGAAUCCCUGCAGUUUCGUGUUGCAUAUUAUACAUAUUUUAAGGAUACAAAAACCAGCAAGUUUAAUGCAGAAUCCCAUUAGAGUCAAUAGACAUGGGAUGAUAAGAUCCUUCUCUUCCAGCAAUAAUAAUUUCAGGGAAAUAAAAUGUAAGAAGUAUAGUUUGCUAACUUUGCUAUCUUAUUAUAUUUCCCAAGUAUUUUGAAUAGUACACUAUCUGUUAUCUUUGCUAAAACGUUAUGCUGUACUGACAAUAUGUAAGCAUCUAGGAGGGACACACAAUUCCAUUGAAUAAAAGAGAUCUUCCUUUUGAUACUUUAUUAAUCUAGAUUUACAAUCCAAAAGGUGAAGUCAGUUGACCUUGGAAUUGCAGUGGAUUAUUAGGAUAACUAUAUACUUUAUGGUGGUAAUACACUUGUAAUGGACUUUCACAAAACAUAUAGAUUGAUGAAGUAAUUGAGGGUUGAAAGUAAGAGGGCAUGAGUUACUCAAAUCAUUUUUGUAUCUAGUGAGAUCCUGGAAGGCAGUGUGGACUUCUGAAGUGAACAAAUAGAAUAAUUGUACAUCAAAUACUAUAAUAUGUCUGUAAAGCAGCUGACAUUCAUCCUUCCCAGCUUUUCUCACAGGAAACAUAAGAGAUGCUUGAGAAGAACAGAGAGGUUCAAACUGAUUUUGCACAAAAUUCUCUCACAUGUUUUAAGACACCAGUGGACAAGUCCAUAAUAGAAAUAUGGAAAUUAAAUAUUAAUUGGAUCCAUGGUUUUCUGUUUCCAUUCCUAUGUCGGUUCUUGGUUAUUAAACCCCUCCCUCUCUCUCUCUUUUUAAAAACGAAAUCAUGAAUCCACUUGUUUUCUGGAACAGACAUUACAGUGCACAUCCACUAAUGUUUUAAAUGCCCAUUUGCAUUUUUAAAAGGACCUCCAUUAUGAAAUGCUGGCAGGCGAAUCUGCUUACUUUGGGAUUAUAUACUAACAAUUUGGAAGGACAACUAUCCAGUGCAGGCUGAAACCACUCGCAAUAUUUGGUCAUACUCAUGUUUUGUGCCAAUCUCAAAAAUAAUUGCUGUGCAAAUUGUGUUAAGUAUUUGGACAGUGCCUUUGGCCACAGGACUUUGUUAUUUCACUGGCAAUCAGCACCUAGCAUGAUCAGACCCAGGGAGCUCUCAUAAUGAGCUUUUUAUAGCAAGGAGAUGGAGUUUUCCAUCUUAGUUCAUAGAACAUUUCUUUGAAUGGGAAAGGAAAAUAGGCUGGAUUAAUAUUUGAGUGUAUGCUACAAGUGUCAUUUAUAGGAAACAUGUCCAAAAGGCUUCCAAUGCAGCUUUAAUCAAGUUCUAGUAAUAGGUAUGUGCUCUUCAUAUGGUGAGGCCAUAGGAACUUAUCACUAUAAUAUUAAUUGGAGCAGGAAGGAUAGAUAUUUCCCUCUUUUCCUUUAAUAGCAGAUGUUCAGGACUUACGGUAUUCCUCCAGUAUACGUAAAGCAAAAAACUCAUCAUUAUGAAAACAAAAGAGGAACUGAAAUAUUGCCACCUUGUUUAAUUUAUGAAAUGGAUAUAGAUUCUCAUUGGAUAAAAAAGGACCCAAACCUUUAAGUAUUUUAUGGCCUACAGUGUAGAUAUGAAAUGCUAAGUGAAACACUGAAAAAGAAGAAUGCUGUGGCUUUAUAGUAUAAAGGACUGAGAAUAAUUCAGUCACUUAAUCUUAAUAAGAACAUUGUUAUUGUAAUGCAUCUGACUGUUAUGGGGCUGUAAAUAAAAAUGGAGAGUGUACAAUUUUUAUAAUUUAAAAUUAUGUUAUGUCUUUUAGAUCAGUUAAGACAUUUACAUUGCUGUUGUGAGGCUGUAGAAACAUUUUUAUAGUAAUUGCUAUUUUUCCCUGUUAAUACAAUCUCUUGUUUUCUAAGUAACUGUACGCAACAGCAUGUGCUUUAUUUCAUACCUUUAUGCAACUUUUUAUUAAACUACUUUUAAUAUGGGCUCAUAUUUAUGUUUAUUAUAAUAGGAAUGCA